GCUGAAGCCAGGACCCCAUGACAGCUGACAGCUAGAAACAGUCAACAGUGAAAACAUCCACACCUUAAGUGUUGUUUACAUCUUCUAUUUGAAAAACUAAGUGAAUAAAUGUACAAAAAGCACGAUAUGGCCGGAACUAGGUCCUUAACCGGUACCCCGAGUGUAUAUUCUCACGUUACAACUAGAAGUAGUGCUAAUUUGAGAAGCAGCCGGAGUCUCAAGUCUUUGAAGACCCCUUGGUAUCAAAAGCCCCUAGUGCAGCAUGCCUUUUUCCUUGACGUGCAGAAUGCUUCAAUGAUUGCAGCCAUUUUCUCACUGCUGUUGUCACUCUUCACAAUUGUAACGGCCUGUUUUGACUUGUAUUGCUACGCCAUGGCUGCUCCAGGUAGCACCCACUACGGGUACUAUUUGAUCUCUUACGAGUUUGUUUAUGUGGGGUCCAGGCAUGUGCGGAACACUCUGGUGAUGUUUGCUGUGUUCUCCAUGUUGCUGGCAAUGGCUGUUUUAGUAACCAGCAUUAUGCUCAUCAUAGCACUGCGAAAAGAAUAUGAAAGGAAGAUGCUCCCGUGGAUUUACGUCUUUGGGGUGUUCACAGUUUUCCGCUUUCUGGCUUACUUGUUUUUCUCUAUUGUCAACGACACGAUUUUCGCCUACAACUACCUCAUGUGCCUGCUAGGAACAAUAUUUUUUGUCUGCUCUGCAUAUGGGUGGGUGUUGGUGUACUCUCUGUACAUUGAGCUUUCCGAUUUGACCAAACUGGAGGAUUUGGCACAUUUACGGAUGGGCACAAUGCAAUCGCUCAACGCCUCCACAGUCCCAUCUCUAGCGGGCUCCCGGCCUACGACGCCCCACAGCACAGUAUCGACAAUGCCAGUAUAACAACACCUUCCACAGCCCCUGUGCCCCUCGGAGAAAGUUUCAGUCAGACAAGCUCGUUCAUUUCUCAACUGCCAAGUAGCGUUAGUAAAUAUACGAUGUCGAGCUUGUCUGGGGGGCCGAGCUCGCAUGAGUCGCAGGUAGCUGGGCCUGCUCAAGUCCGUUAUUAAAGCGCCACUUUGUAGAGGUGACAUUUUAGCACUGAUAAGGGUUCACAUCGGCAAACACUUGUUGGUCGCCGUGAUUUCUCUUCGGGUCAGGGUCUGGGGUUAACUUUUAAAUUGAACUGACUCAAUAGUAUAUUUAUUAAUUAAGUUUUCCGAUGUUUUGACCGAGUAAGUUUCUUUUAUCCUUAGAAAUCGUUCGAAUCAGUGAAUUGAUUUAAAGUUGCAUAUUUUAUCAAUUAUCUUUUGAUAAUGGCUGCUAUUCUACAAUCGAUGUGCCUUUGAGUAGUGGAGUUCCCACAAAGGAUUUGAGUAAUGUCCAUUUUACUUAGCUUAAGUAAUUUUAAGUGUGAUAUAGGUAUUACCAUUCGUCAUUCCGUCCAAAAACUGUUCUAAUAGUAAUUUUAGUUUCCUAUACUUAUAUAUAUAUUACAGUUUUGAACCAUG